AUGAUGGAUCAGCAUCCACUCCCAUUUCUGACGCACAGUCCAAUCGAUCCGGGUUCCAUUGAUGGUGAGAAAGCCACCGCUUAUGCUCGUGGUGUCCUGAAUCGACUUAAUGCCGCCUUGGCCGCCAGCGACACUGAAGCCCUCGAGAACUGUUUCUAUUCAGACCAGGCAUCCUGGAAGGACCAGCUGGCGCUGACAUGGCAUCUACGCACAUUCCGCUGCCAUAAUACAAUUGCAGCGAGCUUUCUGGACACGGCAAGGCUAAGAGGUCUCUCUUCUGGAAUUACAAUUGACGGUGAGGCGGUGUUUCUUUCGGCCACGCCUGCCCUCGUAUGUCCGGAAUCACCAAUUGCAUACAGUCCGUCUCUUCAGGAUGCAAUGAACUUUGAGACAGAUGUGUUCAUUAUCGGUGCUGGCAAUGCCGCCAUUGCUCUCUCUGCCUGUCUAAAGGCUCUUGGUGUUGAAAGCGUUAUGGCUGACCGGAACGCUCAUCCUGGCGACAAUUGGGCACGUCGAUAUGACUGCAUGCGAUUCCAUGUUCCAACUGCGUUCUGUGAUCUUCCCUAUAUGUACCGAGCAACAGUCUAUGACGAAGAGCUUCGAUCUCCUCACCUGCUCACACGACAAGACCUGACAUCCCAAGUCCGUCGAUAUGUCAACUCAUUCAACCUGAAUACACUCCACUUGGCUGAGAUUCAGUGGACUGAGUACGACGAGCUGGCGAAAAAAUGGACGAUCGCGUUCCAGACCCCGGCUGGGCAGUGCAAAGCUACCUCAAGUCAUCUCGUCCUCGCAACGGGUAUUGGAUCCCUGAAGCCGAACAUACCGUAUAUUGCAGAGCCGCAUAUAUAUAAAGGAAUCAGUAUCCACUCGGCAGAGUACAAAAACGCUAAGCUGCUGAAGGAACAAGGGGUCAAGUCUGUCGUGCUCAUUGGCUCUGCAAACACCGCAUUUGACGUCCUGGAGAAUGGCCACAGCGCUGGCCUUAACGCAACAAUGGUUGCACGAUCGCCCACAUAUAUCGUGCCUCUUGAAUACGUCUAUCACCAGGCCAGCCUGGGCACUUAUGAUACGGAGUCGAUGCAGCCGAUAAUCUCUUCCUCUCACUGCCAACAUUUGUGGACGGACAGUUGUGUCGUGGAUUGUUUUCCGCGCUCGCAUCGGCUGAACUGGAACGAUACGCCGCAGUCAAGGCAGCCGGGCCCCUGUUCUCAACAGUCGAGAACCAACAGCACUUGUCUCGACACGGAUGCGAUCAUAUGGUGUACUGGCUUUGCUGAUUCGAAUGUGGUGACGACUGCCACUGAAAUUCUGGGUGGCAAGUCAGACGUGACUGUGGCUAACACGAAGAUUGAUGAUCAGACUGGAAGGGCACAUGUUUUGACUCCAGGAGGCAUUGCCUCGCACUUGGACACGACCUGGGGUGUGGAUGAGGAGGGUGAAAUACGUGGCAUGUGGAAGCGGCAUUCGCACGUUGAGAGCAUCUGGAUCAUGGGAGGUUAUACACAGCAGCACUGGUGGUACUCACGCAUACUUGCUCUUCAGAUUAAAGCAGCCCUCCAAGGUAUUCUCCCGCCGGCCUAUAGGCAUGAUCCGGCACCAGAAAAGUAA